AAAUAAACAAUACCGGUUUUGAAUGUGGGAUAUUUUAAAUACUAGGAUUACUAGCAACAGCUUCCUUCCGGCCAGCAUUGCGCGCGCGCUCCGUCAGUCAGCGUCCGACUGUCGGAGCGAACGUACGUGCCCGCUCCGUCCGCGAGUGCCCGCCGCGCGACCGUGCAUGUGCUCUAGUGAUCACCAGUGCCCUGAAGUGGAGACUCGCAGCAGCACCGCUGGGCCGAUCGGCCCCGGCGGUAUGGAAUCACCUCAGAUGUACGACGCAGCAGCGGCCCCGCCUCCGCCGCCGCAGCCCGACCUGAAAAAGGCGGCCGAAGACAAACGCACCCCUUUCCCGCCCCCGGACUUGGACGAGCUCAAUGGACAGGAGAUCAGCUUGGACCUGCAGCACCUCAUCGAGGACCAGUUCCGGGGGGAGGACUCCAUGGCCCUGUUCCAGGAGAUCCUGCCCGGAGCCCGGUCCCCCCAGCACAGGCCGUUCGCGCGGACGACCCUCGCGUACAUGCCCCAGCCGGUGCACUCGGGGGCCUCCUACGUCGCGCCCGUGCAGGCAAAUUCACACGAGCAGGCCCCGCCGAUAAAGGAGGAGCCGCCGGAACCGCACGACUUCCGGAGAUCCGUGACGUGUGCGCAGUACACCGGCCAGUACAACGUGCAGCCCCCGGUGGGCGUCAGCGGGCCGUACGGGGGAGGAUUCACCCCACUGCCGCCCCUGGGUGCCCCCCUGCUCCCGCCCCUGCUGAAACACAAGCCGGUGCCGCCGCCGAGGCGGUCCUCCUCCGGCAAAGCUAUAGACAAGGGGACCGACGAGUACAGAAGGCGGCGGGAGCGGAACAAUAUAGCCGUGCGAAAAUCGCGCGAAAAAGCUAAGGUCCGCUCCCGGGAAGUGGAGGAAAAAGUAAAAACGCUCCUCAGAGAGAAGGAGGCGCUGCUGAAGAGGCUGGAGGCGGUGACGGGGGAACUGAGUCUUCACAAGCAGAUGUACGUCCAUCUGAUCAAUUUAAAUCACCCGGAGAUCACGGAGCUCUGUCGAUCGAUGCUACAACUAGGAGCUCCUCACGGGCAGGACCAUACGCUUUGACCGUAGAUGGAGCUCGAAGGGUCCUCGCAAAGACUCCGUGUGAUACGUGAAUUAGACUUAAAGUGACGCCUCUUCAACGUUAUAAUAGUUAGCUAAAUAAUACUCUGUUGUAACCUACUUUGUCAAAGAUAAAAUUCAUACUUUUUUACAUUUGUGAUGUCUUUAACGCUACUCAGACAAUAAAAUACUAUUCUCUGGCCUGUAUGUGAUCUCAGUUGUAGUGGCCAAAAUAGAAUCGAUUUCUAACACUUGCGCAAAAUGGAAAUCCAUAUUUUUAUACAUCUAAAUAUAAAUUUGUACAUUUUUAGGUAGUAGUAAGUGAGUAAAAUGUCUUCUGUUACAUAUUUUGAGUUUGUGUUACUUGCUUCUAAAAUUUUAUUUGUGAUGUUUUGGGUUGUUACUUUUUUGUUAUGUUUUAUGGAGAUUUUAAAAAGCUGUUAAAGCUCUAGCUCAAUUUAACACUGCCAAUAAAAUAAGAUUUUUCGUUUUCAUCCAUCAAAUCGCUAGGGCUGUCACUUGGUUCAAAACCGUUUCAUACAAAUUGUACAGCAUCGCUUUGUAACAUUAUCAUACGGUAUUUAAUUUCGACUUAGUAUCAUUUUUAUUAAUUUGUAAAAUAUAGGUUUAGCGUUUAUUGUAUAGUAAUUAUUGUGUAAAUUGGUUGUAUAUAAUUUUUGAUCAUUUAUUGAUAUGUCUCUUAUUUUCGUGUAUGCUACUUUGAAAGUUAAUUUUGAAAUUAAAGAGGCGAGAUAUUUGCUCAUGUAAUAAUUUUUUUGAUUAUCAUCUUUCAGCCUCUUUAAAUUCAAAGUUCGUCACUAUUAAUAUCUUCGAGUCUUACGUUAAGAGAUAUAAAAGAUCUAGCUUUAGCUAUUGGUCUGCAGUGAUAAUAUUUGAUUACGAUUAAGAUACUUUUAUAUCUCUUACUUCUCAAUUUAAUGUAAUUGUAAAUAUUUGGAUUGUUAGUUCGUAUACAAGACUAAUGGAUUAUCAGCUAUGGGAUAUUAAGAGUAAUAAUUAUUUUGUUGAGUUCUAAGAAUGUUUAUUCCUAAAAAAGUACCUUUUUUCGUUAGUUGCAUUCACGAUGUCGUAGUUUUAAGCGAUGGAUGAUAAAAACACGAUCUUGCGUAUGGGCACUGCUAGAUGGAAGUACAAGGAGGUAAUUUAUAUUAAAAGUAAAAUAUUAUUUUAUACUACUUACUUACUAGGAACGAGAACAGAUUCAAGGCUGCUAGAAUGAAUAUUUUUAUAAUGUUUUUAUAAUAAGCGAAAACUAGAAGCGACAACCCUAGGUGAUAUAUUUCAGUCGUAGUCUUAGGGUUGUCGACAAUAUAACGGGUCUCGAAACAUAUAGUUACCAUAUGGAUCCUACGAAAUAAUUAUAAUAGACCUACUUUUAAAAUAUAUAUUACAUAAAUAAUGAUAAUAACAAUCGCUUUGUGGCGUUGAUAAUAUUAUAUAGUUUAUUGUAAACGUUUUUACUCCGUCCCAAUAUUAUGAUGUAUAAUAUUCUAUAUACAUAACUACAGUUGUUAUAUUUCAUUACUUAAAUAUACAUUAAGUCUAUUGAUCGUGUUUUUAUAUUACUGUAAAUUCUAGUUGUUGUAAGAACUGAUAUCGCGGAAAAUAUUUUAACAGUGGCCAACCGAAACAAAGUUUCAGUAAUUCCUAGAUACUUUUUUCUUUAGUGUUGUGCAUAGCAAUUGUUUUUUUUUUUGUAUAAUUAUUAAUUUUACGUCAUCAAACAUUCAUUAUUUAAUGUUACCCAUUAUUUAAAUCACUAUUUAUCACCAUCAUUUUUCAUAUUUAUUUAUUCAUCUUUAUUUCAAUUAAAUACAUGUUUUUAAAAGUUGCUGAUAGAAGUGAUAUUUGUAAAUGUUUGCAAGCAUGUCUUAAUUCAUAAUUUUUUACGAUUAAUUUAUAUGAAAUAAAAUUUUUGUUGUAAAUCUAACAAGCGAGAUCAAUAAAAAGUACUAAAUGGAACAAAUUGGGUCAGGAGUGUAUCAAACGGAAGUGCUCACAUUUUAUGUUCCCAAACAUUACAGCUACGUGCACCGAAACGCGUAACGCAUUCAGUCAUUGUUGUGGGCUUUAUCCGAAUUUGUUGAAAAAAAGUAAAAAAUGUUAGGUAUCUUGAAUCCAUUAAUCGUAAUUAUAUUAGUAAGCGCUUCUUCUGAACGUUGGAAUUAGUUUAAAAAAGUUUUUAGUUACACCUGCAUGCACAACACUUAUCAUUGUUAUUUUUCUUGUCUUCGAAUGGUGCUAUUCUUUCGAUGUUUCUUUUCAGAACCAAAGACUUUGUUGCCCUUUUUAUGUUUUAUAUAUUUAUCGUGUUUAUGUUCUUUAUCCUUUUUCUGAAAAAGGCGGCCUGGUAUUUGACAAUAACGUUAGUUUUUUACCGCGUUAUAUCAAUGUUGUAGGUGCAAUUAAUAUAAUAAAUACCUAUUUAAUAUA